GGGUUUCCCUGCCUCCGUUUUGUGGCGCCUCUUGAAGGUCCUGGCAGCCGGGUAGUGAAGAAAUAAAUUACACUAAUUACAUCAAGAGGGAGUGGUCCUUACAUGUAGAUGUAGAAACAAAUUUUUAAAAUAUAAUUUCAUUCUGUAAGCCUAGAGGACUUAUUCUGGCAUGGGGAAGGGGCAGUGACUUGCUCUUCGGCUCUGCCAGGACCUGCUUCCAGGAGGGGGCGGGGCCAAGAUGGCGCCGAGCGCCGGGUGAGCGGCGUCUCGGCUGCGGCUAGAGUUUUCUUGCUGCCCGUGCUCGGCUGGCCGGGGCGGGUCUGAGUGGUACCCGGGAGGAGACCCUUUGAAAGUCCCUUGUGGGGACUGGAAAGAGGACGGUUGGUUGUGUGUCUGUGCUCGUGGGGACCCCGUGUGUGUGCCUGCAUAGGAGAGAUGUUGCAGGAGAUGGGGUGGACUCUCUGAGCCUCAUUUCGCGCUGCCCGGGGAUCUUCGACCUGCUUCUCUGCUGGGAUCUCGCUCAAGUUAACUCUCCCCUGGGACGCCUUCCUGCCGCCUCCACUUGAUCUGAGGAGAUCCUGUGACUGUAGCGUGUUUUAUGAGCCUUUACUGGCAGAGGGUACCGCCGGGUAUUGAAGGAUUCGUAGGAGUUCGCCAGGGAAGUGGGACACGACCGCCUCUUGUAAACCCGGCGCCAGGCACAGAGGUCUCCGUCUCUCCACCGGGGGCUUCAUCCUUCCAGGGAGAAGAGGGACUCCAGAAUGGCUGAGGAGAAGAAGCUGAAGCUUAGCAACACCGUGCUGCCCUCGGAGUCCAUGAAGGUGGUGGCUGAAUCCAUGGGCAUCGCCCAGAUUCAGGAGGAGACCUGCCAGCUGCUGACGGAUGAGGUCAGCUACCGCAUCAAAGAGAUUGCACAGGAUGCCUUGAAGUUCAUGCACAUGGGGAAGCGGCAGAAGCUCACCACCAGUGACAUUGACUAUGCCUUGAAGCUAAAGAAUGUCGAGCCACUCUAUGGCUUCCACGCCCAGGAGUUCAUUCCUUUCCGCUUCGCCUCUGGUGGGGGCCGGGAGCUUUACUUCUACGAGGAGAAGGAGGUUGAUCUGAGCGACAUCAUCAAUACCCCUCUGCCCCGGGUGCCCCUGGACGUCUGCCUCAAAGCUCAUUGGCUGAGCAUCGAGGGCUGCCAGCCAGCUAUCCCCGAGAACCCACCCCCAGCUCCCAAAGAGCAACAGAAGGCCGAAGCCACAGAACCCCUGAAGUCAGCCAAGCCAGGCCAAGAGGAAGACGGACCCCUGAAGGGCAAAGGUCAAGGGGCCACCGCAGCCGACGGCAAAGGGAAAGAGAAGAAGGCACCGCCCUUGCUGGAGGGGGCCCCCUUGCGACUGAAGCCCCGGAGCAUCCAUGAGUUGUCUGUGGAGCAGCAGCUCUACUACAAGGAGAUCACCGAGGCCUGUGUGGGCUCCUGCGAGGCCAAGAGGGCGGAAGCCCUGCAAAGCAUUGCCACGGACCCCGGGCUGUAUCAGAUGCUGCCACGGUUCAGUACCUUCAUCUCGGAGGGGGUCCGUGUGAAUGUGGUUCAGAACAACCUGGCCCUACUCAUCUACCUGAUGCGUAUGGUGAAGGCGCUGAUGGACAACCCCACGCUCUAUCUAGAAAAAUACGUCCAUGAGCUGAUUCCGGCUGUGAUGACCUGCAUCGUGAGCAGACAGCUGUGCCUGCGACCAGAUGUGGACAAUCACUGGGCACUCCGAGACUUUGCUGCCCGCCUGGUGGCCCAGAUCUGCAAGCAUUUUAGCACAACCACUAACAACAUCCAGUCCCGAAUCACCAAGACCUUCACCAAGAGCUGGGUGGACGAGAAGACGCCCUGGACGACUCGUUAUGGCUCCAUCGCAGGCUUGGCUGAGCUGGGACACGAUGUUAUCAAGACUCUGAUUCUGCCCCGGCUACAGCAGGAAGGGGAGCGGAUCCGCAGUGUGCUGGACGGCCCUGUGUUGAGCAACAUUGACCGGAUUGGAGCAGACCAUGUGCAGAGCCUUCUGCUGAAACACUGUGCCCCUGUUCUGGCAAAGCUGCGCCCACCGCCUGACAAUCAGGAUGCCUACCGGGCAGAAUUCGGGUCCCUUGGGCCCCUCCUCUGCUCCCAUGUGGUCAAGGCUCGGGCCCAGGCUGCUCUGCAGGCUCAGCAGGUCAACAGGACCACUCUGACCAUCACGCAGCCCCGGCCCACGCUGACCCUCUCGCAGGCCCCGCAGCCUGGCCCUCGCACCCCUGGCUUGCUGAAGGUUCCUGGCUCCAUCGCACUUCCUGUCCAGACACUGGUGUCUGCGCGAGCAGCUGCCCCACCACAGCCUUCACCUCCUCCAACCAAGUUUAUUGUAAUGUCGUCGUCCUCCAGCGCCCCAUCCACCCAGCAGGUCCUGUCCCUCAGCACCUCGGCCCCUGGCUCAGGUUCCACCACCACCUCGCCCGUCACCACCACCGUCCCCAGUGUGCAGCCCAUCGUCAAGCUGGUCUCCACCGCCACCACCGCACCCCCCAGCACUGCUCCCUCUGGUCCCGGGAGUGUCCAGAAGUAUAUUGUGGUCUCACUUCCCCCAACAGGGGAGGGCAAAGGAGGCCCCGUUUCCCAUCCUUCUCCAGUUCCUCCACCGGCAUCGUCCCCCUCUCCACUCAGCAGCAGUGCCCUCUGCGGGGGGAAGCAGGAAGCUGGGGACAGUCCCCCUCCAGCUCCAGGGACUCCAAAAGCGAAUGGCUCCCAGCCCCCCAACUCUGGCUCCCCUCAGCCUGCUUCGUGAUGCUCCACCUGCCAGCCCCCGGAUUCCCACACAUGCAGACAUGUACACACGUGCAUGCAUACUAAGCGGAAGGAAGUUGUAGAUUGCUUCCUUUCAUGUCACUUUCUUUUUAGAUAUUGUACAGUCAGUUCCUCAGAAUAAAAGUUUGGUUUGUAAGUU